CGCCCGCAGACCAGGCAGCGCCGCCGGUGAAGCACUUUCUACAGACACACUCUGGUUUUUCCAUCUAGAAAAUGGGUAAAUGCGCCUGUACCUCUGACGGCCUCGGGCGCUUCUCCAGACCGGGUUUAGCUUCUCCUGGACACGGGUUUCUGUGUCUGAGAGCCCGGCGGCGGCGACCGGCGGAACCUGCAGCAGGAACGCGGCCGCGAGCGGUGGGCUCCUGCCGCCCGGCGCUCCGCCAGCAGAAAUCUGCGCCCAGGCCUGAGGCCUCUUUCUGCAGACAGCCCGGCGCUGCCCCCACCUUCCUCGGUCGCGGUGAGGGCCACAGAGCCGGUGCUGAAAACACCGCGCUAAAACUAGGAGGGCGGUGCGCUCAACUCCGGGCUCGCCUCUGCCCUUUGGGGAGCGCGGUUCUGCGCGGAAAGAACGCGUCCCGGGGCUACGCCGCCGUUCGAGGCGCCCCUUCCUUCCUUCCUUCCUUCCUUCCUUCCUCGCCCCGUGCCUCGCAAGACCCUGACACCAGCUGGGGGCGCUCCGGGCCGCCGCCUAGAUGCGCGCUUAGAGUACCAGGGCAGUAGCCGCUUUGUGCAGGCGUCUCGUUUACUGGGGGCUGCAGCGCUGGCGUUUGGAUGCAACCCACCGCGAAGAACCAAGGGGGGGGAUGGAGGGGAGAGAGAGAGACCGUAGCCCCGGCGGGCAUCCCCAGAGAUCUGACCGCGCUGGGUAGCGGGCCAGUUUGCGGCGCUCCCAGCGCAUCCCCCAGCCCGACUCGCUGGCCUCCGUAUUUUCAAACAAAUUUGACAACGUUCCCUCUCGCGCGCGGUACCCACAGCGACAGGCCGUCGGUACUUCCCCCGCGCGCCCGCGCCCCACCUCCCCGCGCCGCUGACACCCCCUCCCCGGUCCCUCCUCCAGUCCCUCCCCGAGAACCUGCACCGCGGACGCCCAUUGGCUGCGCGCGGGGAGGCGGCGAGUGCCGGGCGCCGCGAGUUUCAUUGAGCGGAGUGAGCCCGGAUGACAUCAGCUUCCCAGCCGCCCCCCCUCGGGCCCUGCUCAUUGGCGCUGCCGCCCCUCCAGGACCCGCACAUUGUUCCCCGCCCCCGCUUCGGCCACCACCGCCGCGGCCGCCGCCGCCGCCGCCGGACUAUAAAAACCGGCCGAGCCCGGAAAGGUGCGGAUGCUUAUUAUAAGACCGACGCGACCUCCGCGCCCGGAGUCCGGGUCUCCACGGCCGCUUCUGGGAAGGAGCUCCUGGAGCUGCAUCCGCAGAGGCGCGCGUGGAGGCUCCGAGGGCCGAGGGAGGGAGGACCCUGCGACAGCCGCGACUCCCCCUGGGGCCAUGGACUCGGACGCCAGCCUGGGGUCCAGCCGCCCGUCGUCGCCGGAGCCCGAUGACCUUUUCCUGCCGGCCCGGAGCAAGGGCAGCGGCGGCGGCGGCUUCACGGGAGGCACCGUGUCCUCGUCCACGCCGAACGACUGCCCGCCAGAGCUGAGCGCCGAGCUGCGCGGCGCCAUGGGCGCGGCGGGCGUGCACCCCGGGGACAAGCUGGGCGGCGGCGGCGGCGGCGGCGGCUUCAAGUCGUCCUCGUCCAGCACCUCGUCGUCCACGUCGUCGGCGGCCGCGUCGUCCACCAAGAAGGACAAGAAGCAGAUGACAGAGCCCGAGCUGCAGCAGCUGCGCCUCAAGAUCAACAGCCGCGAGCGCAAGCGCAUGCACGACCUGAACAUCGCCAUGGACGGGCUGCGCGAAGUCAUGCCCUACGCCCACGGCCCGUCGGUGCGCAAGCUCUCCAAGAUCGCCACGCUGCUGCUGGCGCGCAACUACAUCCUCAUGCUCACCAACUCGCUGGAGGAGAUGAAGCGCCUGGUGAGCGAGAUCUACGGCGGCCACCACGCCGGCUUCCACCCCUCCGCCUGCGGCGGCCUGGCCCACUCCGCGCCCCUGCCCGGCGCCGCCGCGCACCCCGCGGCCGCCGCGCACGCCGCGCACCACCCCGCGGUGCACCAUCCUAUCCUGCCUCCCGCUGCCGCCGCCGCUGCUGCGGCUGCGGCGGCCGCCGCGGUGUCCAGCGCUUCCCUGCCGGGCUCCGGGUUGUCGUCGGUCGGCUCCAUCCGGCCCCCGCACGGCCUGCUCAAGUCUCCGUCCGCCGCGGCGGCGGCCCCGCUGGGGAGCGGGGGCGGCGGCAGCGGCGGCGGCGGCGGCGGCUUCCAGCACUGGGGCGGCAUGCCCUGCCCCUGCAGCAUGUGCCAGGUGCCGCCGCCGCACCACCACGUGUCGGCCAUGGGCGCCGGCAGCCUGCCGCGCCUCACCUCCGACGCCAAGUGAGCCGGCGCAGGCAGGCUCGGUCUGGCGAGCGGGGGGCCCGGAGGCUGCGGGGAAUCGUGCACUGGCCGGCGCUGGGCCCGGGAGCUCAGUUCCGAGGAGGAGCGCAGGACCUUGGGCUGGGGGUGGGUUCGCUGGUGCGGACUCCGGGCUCCCCGGGGCGCACUCGGCGGCGGGGAGGGAGAGGGACAUUCGCUCCGGGACUCGGUUCAGCCCUCUCAGGCUUUCCACUGCGCGGGUCCGGCAGACACCAUGUAAUCGGAAGGCACCGCUAAGCGCACUCCUCCCCAAACACCCCCUCUUCCCCCAAAAGAAAUGAUUCUAAGAACCGGUUUCCCAGGGAACUCGGCCUCACCCCGCCCGGGCUGCACAUGGUUACGCGGGGGAGGGGUGUUGGGGACUUCCUCUCCUUCUCCUUUCUGGACGGGCCGGGGACGCCGGAGAGCGGCACCCCGGGAACGGCCGCAGGCUCGCCUUCCAGGGUCGUCUCUGACCCGGGCCAGGGCUCCCAGUUAGCUGGAAGCGGGCGCUCGGUACCAGAAGCACUUACGGUGGCGGCCAGUCGCGAACUCCGGUCAACCCGCCGCCACCCUGCGAGAACGGCGGCGGGUCCUCCCUGCCGUUCCCAUCGGUUUGGGGUGUGCGGUCCUCGGCUCUUUUUCAGCAGCAGGAAGGAGCCGUGUGGAGGUCGGACCAGAACCACUUGUGGAUUGAAAGAAGCGGAUACCGUCGACUUGGGGGGGCGGGUCGUUUUUAGUUAUUUGAAAAUAGAUCCCCCCCGCCCCACCACCACCUUGUUUCAGCCUCUGAGCACAAAGCGGUCGGGUUCCUGGCCGGAUCCGGGGCGGUCUCGGUCCCGAGGGUUUGUCGGAACUCGCAGCCUGUCGCUGUGACUAGAGCCCGGGUUACCUGGGGGUUCUGUUGGCUUUUUCAUGUUUUCACUCUCGGAUGUGUACAUAUAAUCUCAGUAACGAGGCCCGUGCGCGCUGCUACUCGGUAAGCUCAGGCGACUGCCAGCCCUGCCGUAGGCUAAGCCGGGUCUCCCCUCCAUCGGUUUCUUUCCGCCACUUUUAACACGAAUGACAGACUCUUCCACGCGCUUCUGCGCCCCCGCGCAACACCUCCGCGCCGCCAGGGCUGCGGUUCGGCUGCACCGCGUCCGUCCGUCCGUCCGCCCGUCCGCCCGCCACAGUAACAUCCCUCCUCUGACCGCUGCCCCUCGCAGAGAGUGUAUCAUCUGUUUUAUUUUUGUAAAAAGAAAAAAAGUGCUAAAUAAUAUUUAUUACCUGUUUGGUUGCAAAAAAAAAAAA